UAUCCUUGCCUGCUUCACAGCGGUCGGGAUUUCCUCAAUAUCAAGGAUGGCGAAGACAUACGAUUAUUUGUUUAAAUUACUGUUAAUCGGAGAUUCUGGUGUCGGGAAGACAUGCGUGUUGUUCAGGUUCUCAGAGGAUGCCUUUAACUCCACAUUCAUCUCCACCAUAGGCAUUGACUUUAAGAUUAGAACAAUAGAACUAGAUGGCAAGAAGAUUAAGUUACAGAUAUGGGACACAGCAGGACAGGAGCGUUUUAGAACAAUCACGACAGCAUACUACAGAGGAGCAAUGGGUAUCAUGCUAGUCUACGACAUCACCAACGAAAAGUCCUUCGACAACAUCAAGAACUGGAUACGGAACAUAGAGGAGCAUGCAUCGGCUGAUGUUGAGAAGAUGGUUCUUGGUAACAAAUGUGACAUCAACGACAAACGGCAGGUGUCCAAAGAAAGGGGAGAGAAGCUGGCGUUAGAGUAUGGUAUCAAGUUCAUGGAGACCAGUGCAAAGGCCAAUAUCAAUGUGGAAAACGUGUUUUUGACGCUUGCCAGAGACAUCAAAUCAAAGAUGGACACAAAAUUAGAGGGCAACAGUCCCCAGGGGAGCAGCCACGGCGUAAAGAUCUCAGAGCCCCAGAAGAAGAUCAGCUUCUUCCCCUGUGCCCUACUGUGAGGACCUGACCAAGGUUACAUCCCAAAUGGCACCCUAUUCCCUAUAUAGUGCAAUACUUUUGACCAUUGCCUAUAGGGCUCUGGUCAAAAGUAGUGCGCUGUUGGGAUGUACACCCAAGGCCUUGCCUGCCCAGCCCUGGAUGGGACAAGCUAGGGUGCUGGCUGGCUGGCUGGACACAACUGGACUGUGCUUGCUCCCAGCACCCCCUCACCUUCUACCUAUUUUCUUCAGCCAGUCCCAAUUCGCUCCCUACCUCUUUCCCUUGGACCUAACCCUUAGAUGUUUUAUGCAUCUAAAGUGUUUGGAUAGGUAUAAGCAGUUUAGUGGUGGAGCUUCCACCAUAUUGUUUACACCUUACAGAUCUGUGAACAUCGAAGACUUAGGACCAAUGGGAAUUGGUAGGGAGAGAAUUGGGAAUUGCCCCUCUCUCUCCUCCUCCUCCCUGUCCUCCUCUCCCAACGUCAUGCCCGAGGGUAGGUGGAGGACUCCACGUCUCCCAUCCAUGACGUCCCCAUGAUACCUGGUGAUGCUGCAGUUCUUCCAGCUAGCUCACCAAGCUCCUGUUUCUCUCUCCACGAGUCAGACAGGCUGAUCAACCGAUGAAGACGCCACUCGUUUUUCGAAACAUUGUCCAAAUGUCAUUUCACACAAAAGAUGGGCUCUUCCUUCCUUCUGUUUCACAUUAGUCUCUCUACGUAUAACAUUUUACAUUUUUCACACUCACCCACCUGGAUGCACAACUGCCAAAGUUGGUGCCCCACUUACUUCCCUGUUAGAGUAGCUUGAAUAACCUCAGAGGUUUGGGAUUGGGAACAUGAUGAUGUGGAUGUUUAGAUAAUAUUUUCUAAUAGUCCUCAACUCCCUAGCCAUAUUGUUAACACAAUCUGGAGGCUGAUAGGCUUUUUUUGGUUUGAUGAAACAGAGUUGUUAAAUGAAUGAUGAUAUAUGCCUUGAAGAUGCACAAUCUUUCAGGAAAGAGUGAUCACUAAAUCAUUUGAAUAUUCAGACUAAAAGAAAAAGAAACAAUUUGUUCCAUUUGCAUUCUAUUCUGUUCCGUUUAAGACAAUAAUGUAAUGCUACAGUGCUCUAAACAAGAGAUGCUUGAAUUGCAACAAGCCUCUUUCUCUGAAUGAUGUUCUUGUGCUGUAGCUAUUCAACUGUUGUUUGACUUGUUUACUGCCAGUCCCUGGUCUUUUCUCUUCAGGCUUGAGAACCUUCACACACGAAUGUCCUUGAAGGUUUACCUCUUAAGACGAGGCCUGGGGCUACAUUCCAGCUCUACAGUGUUAUUUUCUUCUCUAGAACAUUCUUGUGUAAAAUCUGUUGAAAUGUAAUCUAGUACAGAGUUGUCACUUAGCUAACCAGAGAGUAGGGCACUACAUAGCGAUUAGGCUAUAUGACGUCUCUGAACAGGGGUGUGUAUCUGUUUGUCUGCUAGUACCAACAGCAAUGUUACAGUGUGGACAGACAAACAAACCCGUUCCGAUCCAAUCCAUUCCUUGCACUUUACCAGUAACCUGUGUGUAGUCUGUGCCAAGUGAUUAUUUCGCAAUACAAGACAAGCAUUUUAUUUCGGUUUAAUUUAAUGGCAUUUCUGAUCUAUUUUAUUGGAUCAUGGUAAUGGGUGGUAGAUACUUUGGGCAUACCUUAGAUAAUAUUUGAAUUGUAUUAGACAAUUAUUAUACCUUUUUUUAAAUGGCUUCCUAUCCUUUUCUACUUUUAAUUUGUGUUCUACGGUUCAGGGCCUGUGUUCACAAAUGUCUCAGAAUAUGAAUGCUGAUCUAGGAUCAGGUACUCCCUCUUAUUCGCUAUGAUUUAAAAGGCAAAACUGAUCCUAGAAUAUCAUUCCUACUCUGAUACACUUGAUACAUACGGGCCCUGAUAUCAGUAAGUAAAGAAGUCCUACAUUUUCAUGGUGGUUCCUACAGAAAUGUGUUAUGGUAUGGUGUUUACAGUUUUAGUUGUAUGCUACUGUCCUGACAAAUUUGAGUAUACUCUAUAUGUGAUGAUCUCUUGGCUUAUGAAGUCAAGUUAAAACCAGUCAACGUCACCAAGUUCUUGUUUGUUGUGGUAUGUCCUCUGUUUUGUGUUCAUGUUUGUCAUUUCGGUCAGUACCUUGUUUGACAGCUAGGUGGCACCAUAUCACCAGCUGACGCUGUUACAACAUGGACACAUUGCUGUUAUAACAGCAAGAAAAUGUCCUUAGUAUGCACUGAAAGUUCCAUUGAAAAGCUGUGUAAUGUUUUGGAAAUGGAAGAAAAAAGUGCAUAUGUAUUAUGUAAACAUUUUGUUUGUUGAUCUAUACCAUCGAGUCCUCUUUACCUCAGACUUCCCAGUUUGCCUCUUCCUGUUCUUUUACAUGUCUAUGUUUUGAAGAGAAAAAAAGAGAGCCUGAGUGCCAGUCUGUUUGUGCUAUCAUGCCAACUCUAUGUUUAGCUUGACAAUGAUAGCAGAGAAGUUGGCAUGGGCACAAACAGAUCUGGGUCCACGGUAUAAAAAAAGAUAAUAGAACAUGCACAACAUUGAAAUGGGGUCCUUUUAUCCUAGCCUGCACCUUUUCUAUAUUUACUGCUGUACUGGGACCUAAUAUUGCACCCUCCUCUAAACCACAUGUCUUAAUAAUAACUAAUACUCAGUCUCUUCCAGUUUGGAGCUAUUGUCAUUGUCAAGCCAUUGCAAAUGUUUGACAUGACAAUUCCAAAAGGAGUUGGCAAGAGAGCAGAAACAGACUGUCAACCAGCUUAGUUUGAAGCUAUGCAUUAUGACAUUUGGACCUCUCCAUU